UGGCUCGAUCGGCUCCGCGGUCCGGGCUGACUCGUCCUCCUCGCCGCCCCAGCAGCGCUGCCGUCUCUCAGAGUGCGCCUGUGUGUGUUUACGGGAAUCACUGCGAACAACGUGACGCGCCAGCUCUGCACCAGCCGGGCCCAGUGGAGCUGCAGCUGAGGAGCUGAGGAACUGGGGAUUCUGACUGGCUGCUGGUGCACCGCCAAAGGAGGGGAGAGAGGCAGCGGGGUCCACGAGCAGUGCUGGCGCUGGGUGAAUGCUGCCAGGAGAGGACGACAGCUGAGGGGGCAGCAGCACCGACUGGAAAAGGAGCAUGGCAUCCACGGGCAUGCAGAUAUUUGGAUUUGUCCUAGCUCUGCUGGGCAUCAUGGGUGCCAUGGUGGCCACUCUGCUGCCUAACUGGAAGGUCAGCGCAGAUGUGGGCUCCAACAUCAUCACAGCCAUCUCCCAGAUGCAGGGAUUGUGGAUGGACUGCACAUGGUACAGCACAGGCAUGUUUAGUUGCACACUUAAGUAUUCAGUGCUUUCACUACCCGCGUACUUGCAGACUGCUCGCACCACUAUGGUGCUGUGCUGCGUACUGGCUGCCAUGGGCCUUUGCCUCGCCUCCCUGGGACUAAAAUGUACACGCUGGGGAGGUGGUCGCCGCUCCAAGCGGCACGCUGCCAUCGCCAGCGGCGGCUGCUUCAUCGCCGCAGGCUUUCUGUGUCUGGUGCCUGCGUCUUGGUUUACGAACGAGGUCAUCACCAACUUCCUGGAUUCCAGCGUUCCCGAGAGCAAUAAGUUUGAGCCCGGAGGUGCUGUGUACGUUGCCUUUAUUUCAGCGGGUUUCCUCUUUGUGGGGGGGUCCAUCUUCUGUAUGUCCUGCUCGGGAAAGAGACACGGACCCCAGGAUCUGGUCCUGCUCCCUCCCCCUGACAAAUUGCUGCUCCAGCAGCAGCAGCAACAGCUGCUCCAGCAGCAGCAGGAGCUCCAGCACCAGUACUGCUCUCUCUCCCCAUUAGACAAUAAGACUGGCUACAGCCUGCAGGACUACGUGUAAUAAAGCAGCGUUGUGCACGCUAAAGGGAGACGAGCCUGAGGGGAAAUAUCACAGCUUACGCUACGCACUAGGAUCUACUCGAGAAUGGAGUUGGAGGAAAAAAGGAGCGGAGGGCAACAACUUUGAAAUAUUCCCCCCCCCCUUCUGCUCCAUCUUGCUCUUCUUCUUUUUUCUGUUUUGCAAGCACAAGCAGUGGAGGUACUCCCUGAGCAGCGCCUUGGAACAAACAGUGCGAAUGUGUAAGGAGCCAGGAUAAGGUGCUGCAGAACUGAAGGAAGCUGCUAACCAAAUGCAGACAUCCUUCAUCAGUAAAUCACACGGAGUUCCCCGGGGAAUGAAUUAAGCAAAUAAGGAAGCCUUCAGUGUAGAUUUUUUUCUUCCUCGCCAAAGGUUUAAAUUGAAGGAAAAAAAGCAAUCAUUUAGCUGCUAUUUACAAUCGUUCAGUCCUUCCUCUCAUUCGACAGAACAGGCAAUAUAAUGCCCACGAGCAGUAGGUGAAACCCUCACAUAGCAAGCCAUUGUAGUUUAUCGUAUACUCGUCCACUAGAAUGCAACGUGGAAUUGACUAAUGAGAUAAAUGGUCAUAUUUUUGUUAGCUACUAGAAUGAUGUUAUUUGCCUCUAAAGCAUGCUGUGUGGAGCCUGUGUACAAAUACAGCAGAAUGCCUGGUAGAAGACUGAGACAUAGCCACACAAUGCCUGUGCCUGAAAAGCUGUAGAAGCAUUACCCUGCUGGAACUGUUCAAAGAGGACUGUCAGGAGGAGUAGAUGUGGGCUGCUGGGCUGGAUUUAAGAGAGAAAAUGCAGACAAACAGAUGCCUGCGUCCCUCUCUGCAGGUGGAAAUAUGAGAGAGAUGGAGAGAAAUUGAAAAGAACAAGAUUCAAUACUUCAGCAGAGUGGACUAUCUCACAGGCUGCUUUCAUAUUUCCAACCAAACAAAAACAGUCUGCCUGUAAGUAGCAGCUACCCAUCUCGAUCCAUCCCAGACAUUCACGCCCACACAUUUACACAUGCGCUUCAUGUAUGCAGUAAACACUCCGACACGCCGGCUUUUCACGUGUCCUUUUUCCCUCCUGUCAUCCACCUCCACACUGCCAUGGAAACUGAAAUCAGCAGUCAGAUGUCUUCACUGUCUGGGGGUAUGUGCAUGCCAGUCAGUCAAGUGGUUUGGGGGCAUCUGUUUCUCUCACCAUGGCGUGCCAUAAGCUUCCAUCAGAGCCUCUGCUCACACUACUUUCACUAAUCCCCUUUAUUAGCCAGAGACGUGAAGCAGAAGCCCGGGUCAGGGGGUUUGGAAAAUGGCUCUUCUUUGCAGCACACCCCUACGGUGUCUGCGCCGUGCGAGUGGUCUCACAUGGAUGAGCAGAUGUUUAAUGGUGCAGUGGCACAGAGGCAAAAACAAAGCGAUAAGGAGAAGUUUCCUGAGUCAUGGUCGACUGGGUAGCUGUGUGGCAGGAGGCUAAAAAUGAUUUGAGUCAUUCUCCAUAUGUGACUUGUUUUUCAAGUACGUCAGCAGUGCGCAUAUGCUACCAGUCUGCACCUGCAGAAGGUCUCAGUGUCUUAAAUUUCAUCCACCAGACCGUCCUCUUUUACCUACAGUCAUCCUCGGCUUCUUUACUCCACCUCCCUGUCCUGCUUGUGUCAGGAUCUGAUUCCUGACGAGAGAACGCUGAUGCAUGUUGAAAGCAUGUCCUUCUGACACACACGCACACGCAUGCACACACACCGGGCACGCACAAACAAGCACUCAUGCCAGUACAGCAGCUACACGUUCACAGUUAGUGUGUGUGUGCUCUCUUUUCUGAGGUAUGAAAAUGGGAGGAAUAUUGUUUUUGUGCUUGAGACAGGCCUUGGCAGUGAUGUAUAGAACUGCACAGUCUCUCCUUCUCUCUCAUAAGCAUGCAGCUUCCUGGGGGAAGAGCAGAUGGCUAAGCCCAGCUCGCCACCUGCAGGCUGCUGCCGGCACGCCGCGGGAUCCUCUGCCGGCCCUGCGGGGCUGUGUUUUAACCCUGCCCUGGCUUUAGCCAUCCUGCGCCCAGCAGAGCUGGCCUCCUGACAAUAACUCACUGCCCAGGCACCAUUACCAAUGCAAUAAACAAAGUAAAGAAUGUGCCAAGUCAUCAAAUAAUACUGACACGUUAUGUGUUUAGAGAAUGUGCCAAAUGGUCUCAUGAUGACACAUUUUAAUAAUAUCUGAAGUUCUUUUUGUUUAUUUUUGAAAUGAGUUAUUUGUACAUGAAUUCUACAUUAGCAAAUGUUUUAUGGAUUUGUGAUUUGUUCUGCCAGACUAAGUCUCCAAUCAGCCGGACGCUUGUGUACAGUCCAGUGCAGCUUUCGAGGGUUAUUUUAAAUCCUCUUUACUCCUUAUUUCCCAAAGCACAGCAAGGCUUCACUGGUUUCGUAAGAAAGACACGAGUGCGGCAUUUUCUACGUGAAAAAUUAAUAAAGUGUGUUUCAGGAAUUCUGGUUGACUGCAGGUCUGUGGUAGCUGUACACAAGUGUCUGUGUUUUUAAUGUGUUUGGGUUGUUUUUUUUACUAAGGGAUCAGGAUUCCUUCAGAUUUUUUCAAUAUGAGAUACAAUACCAUGUUCAUACCAUAUCUUCUUUAUAAGAAGUCUACUCAGUGCACCUUUACUUCCUUUAUUUGACAGCAGUUUGGUUCAAGCGGCUGAGCAUUCAGAGCUCUCCGGACCAGGACAAAUACAUAACACAACCGGCACUCUGGGGAAGAAAAAAGGGAAAGGUUUUUGUCGGAUACGAUUAAGCAGGAAAAAAUUAGCUAGGAAUUUCUCUUUUUUGUGGCUGUGCAGCUUGAUCAUCAGCACGCGAUUUCAUUAGCUUAUAAAUGGCCAGAGUGCAAAGUGACUAGGUCCUAAAAAGAGUUACAGCUCUCCUGCAUAUACUGUACCAACAUGUUGAUUUAUGGUUUUGAUAACUGCAGCUUAUUUUUGUGGAUGCUUUAGCACU